UCCCUUGCCUUUCUGUGGCAGGCCCAAAGGUGGGUGGGGGUUACCUUGGGCAGCGCUGCAGUUGGAGCUACGUGGGAGCAGCCACCGGACCUGCAGACGGCGCCCCACUCAGCGAGCUCUCGUGGUCAUCCUCCCUGGCCGUGGUGGCCGUGUCCUUCUCUGGACUCUUCACCAUCAUCGUCCUCAUGCUGGCCUGCCUGUGCUGUAAGAAAGGUGGCAUCGGGUUCAAGGAGUUUGAGAAUGCUGAGGGGGAUGAGUAUGCGGCCGACUGCUCGGCACAGGGCUCCCCGGCAGCAGCGGCGCAGAACGGGCCUGACGUGUACGUGCUGCCACUCACUGAGGUCUCCCUGCCCAUGGCCAAGCAACCAGGCCGCUCAGUGCAGCUCCUCAAGUCCACAGACCUGGGCCGGCACAGCCUUCUCUACCUGAAGGAGAUCGGGCACGGCUGGUUUGGGAAGGUGUUCCUGGGUGAGGUGCACUCGGGUGUCAGCAGCACCCAGGUGGUGGUGAAGGAACUGAAGGUGAGCGCCAGUGUGCAGGAGCAGAUGCAGUUCCUGGAGGAGGCACAGCCCUACAGGGCCCUGCAGCACAGCAGUCUGCUCCAGUGCCUCGCCCAGUGUGCCGAGGUGACGCCCUACCUGCUGGUGAUGGAGUUCUGCCCACUGGGGGACCUUAAAGGCUACUUGAGAAGCUGCCGGGUGACAGAAUCUAUGGUGCCUGACCCCCUGACCUUGCAGCGAAUGGCCUGUGAGGUGGCCUGUGGUGUCCUCCACCUGCACCGAAACAACUACGUGCACAGUGACCUGGCCCUGAGGAAUUGCCUGCUGACGGCAGACCUGACAGUGAAGAUUGGGGACUAUGGCCUGUCCCACUGCAAAUAUAGGGAAGAUUACUUUGUGACUGCGGACCAGCUGUGGGUGCCGCUUCGCUGGAUUGCACCUGAGCUAGUGGACGAGGUACAUGGGAACCUGCUGGUAGUGGACCAGACCAAGAGCAGCAAUGUGUGGUCUCUGGGUGUGACCAUCUGGGAGCUCUUUGAGCUGGGCACGCAGCCCUACCCUCAACAUUCGGACCGACAGGUGCUGGCCUACGCUGUCCGGGAGCAGCAGCUCAAACUGCCCAAGCCCCAGCUACAGCUGACCUUGUCUGAUCGCUGGUACGAAGUGAUGCAGUUCUGCUGGCUGCAGCCGGAGCAGCGGCCCACGGCCGAAGAGGUGCACCUGCUGCUGUCCUAUUUGUGUGCCAAGGGCGCUACCGAGGUGGAGGAGGAGUUUGAGCGGCGCUGGCGCUCGCUGCGGCCAGGCGGGGGCAGUGCGGGCUCGGGGCAGGGUGCAGCGGGUCCUACGCUGGGCGUGGCGGCCGAGUUGGCUGCCGCCUCGUCCUUCCCACUGCUGGAGCAGUUCACGGGCGAUGGCUUCCACAGCGAUGGAGAUGACGUGCUGACGGUGACUGAGACGAGCCGAGGCCUCAACUUCGAGUACAAGUGGGAGGCGGGUCGCGGCUCGGAGGCCUUCCCACCUAGCCCUGGCCGCGCCACGCGCCUGCAGGAGCUGUGCACCCUGGAUAGCGCACCGCUGGGCGUGGUGCCAGUGCUCAGUGCGCACAGCCCCUCGCUAGGCAGCGAAUACUUCAUCCGCCUAGAGGAGGCCGCGCCCACCGCGGGCCACGACCCCGACUGCGCAGGUUGCGCCCCCAGCCCCCGAGCCACUGCGGAUCAAGACGACGAAGACUCGGAUGGCAGUGCCUCUGCCUCGUUGGCCAUGGAGCCGUUGUUGGGCCACAGAGUGCCAGUGGACAGUCCUUGGAGCCGCCGCGACCACAACCCGCGCAGGAGCCACGGCCAGGACUCGCCCUGCCCCUCCCACUCACCCUCACCUAUCGCGGAGGACAUAGACUGGGGAGAGGCUGCCUUCUGCCCACCCUUUUUUGAGGACCCUCUGGGUGCAUCCCCUUCUUUGUGCUCAGGGGCUGUGCUCACCGGGAGUGAGGAGGAGCUGGGGGAGGCCGAAGCACAGAGGGCCACCCAGCGUGGACACUGGAGCUCCAACAUGUCAGCCAACAACAACAGUGCCAGCCGUGACCCUGAGUCCUGGGACCUCGGCUACGUGGGCAGCUACCCUGACAGCUAUAUGGAUGACUACCCCAGCCCACUGCAGACCCUGCAAGCCUCCCCGGAGUUGGACCACCCCCUAGCCCAGGAGAGCCCCAGAGAAUCUCUGCUUGGACCACAGUCAGUCUCUCUUAGCCCUGACUCAGGCCGCUGCCUCAUCCUUCCCCAUCUGGGCUCUGCCCAGGGCCUGGCACCUGCUCCCUGCCAGGUCAUAUCCCCCUGGACUGGGGCAGCCAUAAGUGGGGGUGACAACUCCCAACCAGAACCCAGGCUUGCGCAGGAAGCUGAGGGCUCUGCUGGACCCCAAAUGUCUCUUCCUUCUGUCCCAUCACCAUCCCACGAGGGAGCCCCUCUUCCCUCUGAGGAUGCCAGUGCUCCUGACACCCUUCCGGCUUCCCCCACACCUGCUGCUGGCAGCCAAGUGACAGUCCCAGAGCUAGUCCCGACCCUGGGUAACAGCACCAGCUCCCCGGAGGUGGAGGAACCCAGCAGUGAAGAUGAAGACACAACGGAGGCCACUUCAGGUGUCUUCACUGAUGUGUCCAGUGAUGGCCCUCAGGCUGAAAAGCCUGACAUAGUGCCAGCCUUACGCUCUCUGCAAAAGCAGGUGGGGACGCCUGACUCCCUGGACUCCUUGGACAUCCCCUCCUCAGCCAGUGAUGGUGGCUGCGAAGUCUCCAGCCCAUCUGCUGCUGGCCCCCCUUGUGGACAGCCCCGUGCACUGGACAGUGGCUAUGACACAGAGAACAAUGAGUCUCCCGAGUUUGUGCUCAAGGAGGCCAGUGAGCCCAGGGAGCUGGCUGCAGAGGGUGAUAGCCCAGGGCCCCAGACCCAGCUUUCAGCCUCCCUGGGGAGCCUCAAUGAGAAGAACCCCUACCGAGACUCUGCCUACUUUUCAGACCUGGAUGCUGAGCCUGAACCUUCCUUGGGCCCUGAGAAGAGCAGCUCAGGUCAAACCUCAGGGCAGAGCCCUGGGCUGCAGUCUGUGCAGACCUCUCCUGUGUUUGCAGUGCUGGGGGAGGCACCCAGCGCUGGUCACAGGGAGGUGCUACCACCACUGCCAGGGCCCCAAAAGUGUCCCCCAGAGCCAGAGGCCUGCCUCUCUAGUCCCAGACCAGAGCCUCCUACGUCCUUAGGCUCAGUUGAGGAGCAGCCUAUGGCCAGUCUCGGCUCUUCCAAGUUCUUCCUGCUGACCCCUGUGCCGCGGAUCCCAGAAGGUGAUGGCACAGAGCUCCAGGGGCCCCCAGGACUGUCACUGGGGCAGACAGGGAGCUCAGGCACCCCCAGAGCCCCACUCUGCCUGGCCCUACCUGGGCGCCCUGGGGCCUUGGAGGGCCGGCCAGAGGAGGAAGAAGACGAUAGUGAGGACAGUGAUGAGUCAGAUGAGGAGCUCCGCUGCUACAGCAUCCAGGAACCCAGCGAGGACAGUGAGGAGGAGUCACCUGCGGUGCCUGUGGUGGUGGCUGAGAGCCAGAGUGCACGCAACCUGCGCAGCCUGCUCAAAAUGCCCAGUCUGCUCUCCGAAACCUUCUGCGAGGACCUGGACCGCAAGAAAAAGGCUGUGUCCUUCUUCGACGACGUCACCGUCUACCUCUUUGACCAGGAGAGCCCCACCCGGGAGCUCGGGGAGCCCUUCCCCGGUGUGAAGGAGGCACCCCCCGCAUACGUGCCGGGCAGCCCUGGCUCGCCCAGCGCCCCCAGCCGGCCAAGGCGGGGUGACCGCUUUCCAGAAGGCUCUGCAACGGAAGAGGUUUCAGGCGGCGGGUUCGACUGGGACAACGACUUCCUUGGGGCGCCGGCUAAAGGGGUCUUGGCAACCACCCUGGGUCCGCCUGCGCCCGCCCCUGCCGUGACCCCUGAACCAGCCGCCACCGCGCCCAUCUCGCGCUUCACCGUGUCGCCCGCGCCUGCAUCCCGCUUCUCCAUCUCGCACGUAUUGGACUCAGACGCCCAGUCUGUGGGAGGCCCUGCAGCAAACACUGGAGGCGAGUACACAGAGGCUUGAGGCCCAGGCAUUGCAUCCUGAAGAGACAGGCAUCACUGGAGCCCCUGCUGUCCUGUCCUGGGCAGCAGCAGAAUGGGGACCAGGAAUGAGGGGAGACCACAGCCCUGGCAGCAGCAGAU